UAUAUUUGUUAAAUUUGAGACUCUUCUUGUUUCUUCUCAACCUUUUACAACAAUUCAAUUGAUGAACAGAAACAAAGACAGCAUCUCAUGGCUUUGUUCUGCCAGUCCCAGUAUUUGAAACCCAACAUGGCAUUACAUAGGAUGUGGCAAGGUCGAAUCAAAUUGGCCCACGAAAAUUGUGAAAUCGCCGCUCAAAGUCCAAUCCAGUUAACGGUUCUGCCCGCUAUGAAACGACCUUUCCAAAUGGUGCAUACAAUACUAAAGAAUACUUGCGAGUAUCUCCAGUAUGGAGCGAAUGCACUGCGCAGAGUCGAAAACUUUAAAAGAUACCUGCGAGUAUCUCCAAUAUGGAGCGAAUGCAAAGUCGAUAACUUCACGACCGCUGUCCCAGGUUUUGAACCUUUGCUCCUGGCAUGAAGCUUGUCAGUAUUGUUAGCCAGCUGGCCAAUGGUCACAUGGUUUUGUCCAAAGACAAGUUGAAGAUCGAUACUACACUCUUUCCGGAGGUGAAUGCAUAUUCCUUAAUUGCAAUGACCUACCAAUUCUUGCUCGGUCAAGCUUUCGGAAUUCAUGAACCAAAGAGAAAAGGUCCGCUUCUUCCCUUGAGGUGAAUGCAAGAAGCUUGUGCCGCAUCACCCUCUUCCACGACCUCCUCAUUCGAUUUCGCUCCCAAAACAAUUAUUUCUCAAGACCUGAUUGAUUCAUAACGUGGCCUUCUGGCGGAAACGAUGCGAGUCCAUGAGAGAAGGCAGAGUCAGAGCACCGCAAUCAUCGACGUGGCAGAGGUGUCAUUAUAAUACCACCGACUUCAGGAAUCCUGAUCAGACCUGACGGUAUUGUCACUUGUACCAGUACUUCAGGUACAAGAGAGGAGAACAUGGGACAAAUACCGCUGCUGCACAUUAUGACGGUCAAGUCUCCUCGGCAGAAUUCGAUUGUUUCUACUCGCAACUCGCGCAAAACAAAAUUUGGGUUAUGAAGUCCGGGAACCUCCUCGCCCUUAUCGACCGAGAAUAAAUAUCAACGUGAGGAACAGAGACAGAGCGGUGGAGUGUGCGGAUGGAUGUAACCUUCGAAUUCCUGAUGUUUAUUAAUAUGGAUCUACUACUUCCAGAAAUAAAACACUCCCUCAUCGUUAUUGGCGUGAGACUUAUGACCUGUGAAUAAACAGCUGUGAAAAACGAACCUUGGUGGGUGCCAAUGGUCAUGACCUCAGCACAUCUGUGU